UUUACAGAGUAAAACAGUUCGUCACAUUUUUCAGAAUUAAACAAUUAUUAUUUCGUAUAGUAUUUUAAAUUAACAUGGUCACACGAUUACAUAUUAAUGAUAAAGAUUUAGCUGAUCGAAACGAGUCUGAGUUACAUUUUAUGCCAUGUAAAAUUCAUGGAGACGAAGCUGCGAAUGUUUCCUCCUUCUUCAAGCCUUACAUUCGUAAACUAGAUGAAGAAUAUUACGAUUGUUCGUUUCGUGGCUAUCCACUUCAAGGGAAAAAGAUAAUUGUACCUGCUGGAUACAGAGGCAUGAUGUUUGUAGAGAAUAAAAAGACAGAUACAGAGAAUAAGGAGAGGAAUUUGUAUUGUACAGGAACAUUUUCACAGUUUAUGUAUUGGAAUUAUGAUAAAAUACCAUCUAAGAAUGAUGCUUUUGUGGCAGCAUUAGAUUGGGUUGACAUAGCUAAAGUGUUACACUCACCAGAGACAUAGAUGAUACUGGAAGCAGAUUAUUUUAAUAAUUAAAGAAAUAUGUGUUUUUUGUCGGAUAUUACAUUUUUAUACUUUGAUAG